AUGACAGCAACAAUUAAAACAAAACCCAAUAGUACAAUUGCGAAUGUUCGACGUGUGAUUAUAUUAGUUACAACGUUAAUAAUUCUUCCAUUUGCUGCAUUUUACUAUUUGACAUAUGAGCAAACCCCAAUAACUACACAAUUCAGUGAAGAGCCAACUGAUCAACAAGUACAUAUAUCAAUUGUUUCUGAUAGUUCAAAAAAGAUCCAGUUUGAUAUUGAAGGAGCAUUUAACGAUUUUGUUCCUAGGAAAUAUAGAAAUCAAUAUGGAAUUACUACUAGUAUCAAGAAUAAUGUUGAAUUGUUAAAACUGAACCAUAGUUUAAUCCAAUCAUCAGAAAUCCCAUAUUUAAUCAAUUUGGAUGAGAUUUAUAGUACAAAUGAUUUGAAUUAUAUUGUAUUCUUACCAGAACAUGGUAUUUCCAUAGAAAACUCAACAACUAAUACAUUUACAAUAGAUGGGUUUGGUACCAUUGGGAUCUUGAACAAGAUGGAUUUUGAAGAAAAAGAUUUGGUUCCAUUUAUAAAUAUAUUCAAAGCUAAUUUACUUAAAGCAUUAGAGGACCCUCAACGAGGUAUCAAGAAAGUUAGAGAGAUACCUAGUGAAAUUACUGCAUUUACACCAAUGGAUCACAAAUUAGCGAUAUUCUUGCCAAUUCUAGGACCAGUGACAAUUACCAUAUUAAGUAGCAUAUUGAAUUUCCACAAGUAA